AUGCUCCUCUCUGCUUGCUCUGUAAUUGUGCUCCUAUCUACUUCUGCUAGCAUCAACACUCCACUAAAUCUUGCAGUCAUGUCUCUAGAGCGAUACGUUGCCAUUUGUUUUCCUCUGCACCACGUCCAGCUGUGCACGGUAAACAGAGGUUACAUCGCCCUAGCUCUAGUAUGGUUAAUAGGGUUACUGCCUGGCAUAAGCGACAUCAGCAUAACUUACGCAUACGGGCCUCCAGGCUAUUUCCAAGGCUAUUUUAAUUGCAGACGCAGUCUAUUCAUCAUCCUUCCCUCUCAGAACAUCAAACAAUUGGUUUUUAAUGCUGUUUACUUUAGCAGCAUAUGGGCAGUGGUGAUAUACACAUACCUACAAAUUCUGAUUACUGCUAGAAAAGCUACUUCUGAUAAGUCUUCAGCCUCCAAGGGUCAGAGGACCAUCCUGUUACACGGGGUGCAGCUCAUACUCAGCAUGAGUUUCUUUAUCUUUCCACUGACUGAGUACCUGUUUCAAGGUCAGACUCUACUGCCAAUAAGACACGUGCGCUUUUUUAACUACUACGUGACGAUGGUUCUUCCCAGAUGCCUGACCCCCCUGAUAUACGGUGUCAGGGAUGAGAAUUUUAAAAAACACCUCAAGGUGUACUUGUCUUCAUGCCGUAAGAAAGUGCAGCCUCUGCAGUCUAACUGAAUUGUCAGUGCAGCAUGGGGUAACCAGUGGAAACACUGUGACCUCUGAGACCUGGUCUCUAGGGCAGCAGUGUGGAGUAGUGGUUAGGGCUCUGGACUCCUGACCGGAGGGUCGUGGGUUCAAUCCCUGGUAGGGGACACUGCUGCUGUACCCUUGAGCAAGGUACUUUACCUAGAUUGCUCCAGUAAAAACCCAACUGUAUAAAUGGGUAAUUGUAUGUAAAAAAUAAAUUGUAAGUCGCCCUGGAUAAGGGCGUCUGCUAAGAAAUAAAUAAUAAUAAUAAUAAUAAUAAUAAUAAUAAUAAUAAUAAUAAUAAUAA